GGAGGUGCUGGGUGCAGAAGGUCGCUGCUGCGUCACUCAGAGGUCAGCGAGGCUGGCUAGAGAAGGCCCAGCUCCGAUCUGGGGAAGGACCGAAGGGCCCAGAAGCCACGUGCUCGGGGCAGUUCUGCGGGGAGCGGACUGUCCCCUGGGGAAGAGAGAAGCACCCCGGACUUGAGGAGGGGGCGGGGAGGGAGAGCCAGAGGAGGCAGGUUCUGGACAGAAGGGGUGGGGGUGGGGGGAGGUAGAGAGGACGCGGACAAAGGAGGCGGCCGGCAGCCCAGCUGUUUUGAAAAAUGCUUCCUGUUUCUUUAAAGGCGCUCGCAGCUCGGGCGGCCGGGGCUGGGGAGGCGGCGGCGGCGGCGGGGGCUGCCUCCUCUCGGGGCGGCGGCGCUGACUGAUCUCGCGAACUGGGCUUCUGUGUAAACUGAGGCUAAACAAACACAGAUGGAGCGCAGCGGGCGUUCUCCAGAAAUGCUGGCAAGGCGGCAGCGACUUCAGAUGACACUCUGAGCGCUCCGGGAACGGACAGCCCGGCGGCUUCGCGGAGCCGGCGGCGCAGCUGCCCCGGGCGAGGGGGAGAAAGGGAGGGAGGAGGGCGGGCGCGAGAAGGGGGAGAGCCCGAGACUCCCAGGCGCUGAGCGCGGCGGCCGCCCGGGCAGAGCCGGCGCGCGGCGUGCAGAGCGAGCGCGGCGGGCGCGCGGCCCGGGCAGCCCCACGCCCCUGCCUCGCGCGCUGCCCGCGCCAUGAAGCACAUCCCGGUUCUCGAGGACGGGCCGUGGAAGACCGUGUGCGUGAAGGAGCUGAACGGCCUCAAGAAGCUCAAGCGGAAAGGCAAGGAGCCGGCGCGGCGCGCGAACGGCUAUAAAACUUUCCGAUUGGACUUGGGAGCGCCCGAGCCCCGCGCCACCGCCACCAACGGGCUGCACGACAGGACCCAGAGGCUGCAGCCGGUUGCGGCCCCGGUGGCAGCCCCGGUGGCGCCGGCUGUUCCCUCAGGUGGGGGCGCGGACCCGGCCGGAGAGCGCCGGGGCGCCCGGGCGCCGGAGGUUUCCGACGCGCGGAAACGCGGCUUCGCCCUGGGUGCAGUGGGGCCGGGACUCCCCACGCCGCCGCCGCCGCCACCGCCACCGCCACCGCCGCCUCCGGCGCCCCAGGGCCGAGUACCCGGGGGUCCCGAGGCGCAGCCUUUCCGGGAGCCUGGCCUUCGUCCCCGUAUCUUGCUGUGCGCACCGCCUGCACGCCCCACGCCGUCGGCGCCCCCUGCGCCCCCGGAGUCUUCCGUGCGCCCCGCGCCCCCCACGCGUCCCGGGGAAAGUUCUUACUCGUCAAUUUCACACGUAAUUUACAAUAACCACCCGGAUUCCUCCGCGUCGCCUAGGAAACGGCCGGGCGAAGCGACCACCGCUGCCUCGGAGAUCAAAGCCCUGCAGCAGACCCGGAGGCUCCUAGCGAACGCCAGGGAGCGGACGCGGGUGCACACGAUCAGUGCAGCCUUCGAGGCGCUCAGGAAGCAGGUGCCGUGUUACUCCUAUGGGCAGAAGCUGUCCAAACUGGCCAUCCUGAGGAUCGCCUGUAACUACAUCCUGUCCCUGGCGCGGCUGGCUGACCUCGACUACAGUGCCGACCACAGCAACCUCAGCUUCUCCGAGUGUGUGCAGCGCUGCACCCGCACCCUGCAGGCUGAGGGACGCGCCAAGAAACGCAAGCUCCUGUUUUUAAAGCAGCAACUCCUGGGAGCUUCGGAGGAGGAGGAGGAGGAGGAGGAGGAGAAGAAAGAGGAAGAACAGCAGGACUGUUUCACACCUGGGCUGGGGUGUGGGGGGGCGGGCAGCGAGGCCGGGAGGGAGGCUAACCAGACCUGCAGAAUAAGAAAGGACCAAUUUCCCACAAUCCAGGGUGCCCCUUUCCAGCGACUUUAACCUCUGGAGGAAUAAUCAGAAUCUAAAAGUUGCUCCCAGAGACUGCUGGGACCCCCGUGCAGUGCAUCCCAAGAACGCUGAUAAUACCUAAGGUUCUUAGAGCCUGGAUUACAUGCCGGGCAUGGUGCUUAGGUCUUGUGAUGGAUCGCCUUGUGACUCUUCCCGCCAACCCUGCGAGUCCACAGGUCUGGCAGGCACUGGGCUGGAGGGAUCACUGGCUGGGGAGCCUCACAGGAGUGACUGGCCCCAGGCUAGGCCAAGGAUGCUGCUGUGGGCCCUCUUUCUGGUCAAGCCCGAGGAGAAGGUGAGCUCUCCAAAUCCAGCCUUGUCUUCUUCUCCAAGAUGCCACCAGAUGCUCAGACCACUGCCUCUCAGGGUGAGGCAGGGGCACAUCGGCCUCCCUCUCACCCUCCUGUCCCCCCUCAGCCACUCUGGUGACUCCGCACUUUGCCCUCUGCCUGGUGGGGAGGGGAGAGCAAAGCCUCCCCCUUGCCCAGGGCUGCAGAAAUUCAUUGCCAAAGAUUCCACAGAGACACUGAACAAAUUGUGGCGAUAACAGCCCACAGUGAGAAGCCACACCAUUGCUCUAUGACUUUUGCUCCUCCUAUUGCCAAAGCCAUCCCAAGCCAAAGACGAGUCAGCAAUCCCACUGGAAACUCAUGGAAGGGAUGGACAUUUGGUGACCAUGGAAGUGCUCAACCCUCUGACCUGGAACUCUCUUUCUUUCUACAUUGGGCCCUGAGCUGGCUGGGUACAAGAUAAACUUUCUGGGGGCGGCGAGAGAGGGCUGGGGGUGCUUGUGUGGAGUGGGAUAUGAGGUCCUGGCCCUCUUCUUGCCCUCCCACUGGCUGCCCAGGCCUCUGACCCUGAUUCUCAGUGUUCCUUGGGUCCAGGCUCCUUGGGCCCUGAGCGUCGAGGCAAGGGAGGAAGGGGGUGGAAAGAAGCAAUAUUGACCAUCCUGUACCCUACCCCAGGGACUUGCCCCACCAGGGUCACCUAAAGGGUCUUUGUUCCCCAGCCAGCCCAGCCAGCCACUCCUUGCCUGUGGCCCACCCUCCUGGCUGGGAAAACAAGAUGGCUCCCUGCAUGAAGGCCAGUAGUCUGUUCCCAGUUAUGCAGAGGGGCAGAGGGGAAGAAGGGACCAGGGGAAUGGGUCAGUAAGUCGGGAAAGGUGCGGUGGUGGGGGGCAUGUUCAAAGCCAAGGCCUGUUCCUUCCUUGUGCUCAAAAGGCCAAAGCUGUUCACAUCUGUGCUCAACCAUCUGCUUCAAAUUGAAGUAAAAGCCCCAACAUGUAAAGAAAA